UUUUUUCAUUUGCGUAAUAUUUUUAAGAUUCGCAAGUUUCUUUCUUAUGAUACAUGUAAAACUCUAAUUCAUGCCUUUGUUACUGCAAGGAUCGACUAUUGUAACUCAUUGCUCUACGGUCAGCCUAAAUGUAUCUUGAAACGUUUACAGAGUGUCCUAAAUAGUGCUGCUAGGCGUAUUCACCUUACUAGUAGAUUUGAACAUGUUACGCCGUUACUUAUUCAACUUCAUUGGCUACCAAUUAAACAAAGGAUAACUUUCAAAAUUGCAGUAAUUACAUUUAAGGCACUUCAUGGUGCUGCACCUAGCUAUAUCACUGAUCUCAUC